UUCUCGUCAGUGUAAACGGAAGUGAAGUGAACAGUACCGAAGAACAUUUCCACGUAUCGUUUUUAUUGUUUUAUUUAGACGCGUAUUUACCGGCACAGCAUCACAUACGUACCCCCAUGCAGUCUUUAAUUCGUGUUGGAGACAGGACUUGGUUCAUAGAUGUUAACUAGGUAACACGAGCGAGCUGCUAACAAUGGCUAACUGUAUGGUUUUUCACACUCAAAUAGCCUCCAUCAUGGAGGUGCUAGCAAAUGCAGCUGUGGCAGACAUCUGUAAACUCGUAGACGACGACUAUGCAGUGUUUCGUUUGGAAAUAACUCAAAGCCAGAAAGAAAACAGGGCAUUGCGGAGGAAACUACAGCUACUGGAACUGAAGGUGUCACGGGAGCGCGCAGAGAGGACAACGAGGGAGCGCGUCCCCGCCAGUCGUCCCAGUAGUGUCAAGAUCCUCGACCGAUACAGAGGAAUGGCAAGAGGUGAAGGACAUCUCACUGGAGGCCACAGGAGCUUUGUGAAGCCAGCGGGACACAAUACAUGGAGAGAUGACCAACCGAUCACUGUUGAUGAGGGCAAUGGAACCUCAACCCAGCACAUUAUCGUGAUGGAGUCUGCAGAUACAGAGGCUGCAGGUCCUGGGGUGAAGCAGGAGAGGUCUGAAAGAAAGGAGGACCUACAGCAUAGCAUAAACAUCCAGACUGGAACGGCUGGAGCGCCCCCUAUAGCAACGGAGGACUCCACCACCACCCCAGCGCAGCCCAGAGCCGGCUCAGAGUAUUUACCGGUAUUUCACCAGAUCCAGAGGACGGUUCAUUCCCGUGGAGAGGGUGACGCACUAGUCACUGACAUUGAUGAUCCAUCAUGUUCUUACAGUACAGAGAUGGACCCUGGCAACAUGCCCUUGGGUUUAGAGACACAAACUGAUCUAUCUAAAGGGGAAUGGAACCGGUACAGCAGUAGUAUAUACUCUGAAGGGUGCCUAGAUAAGAAAGGGGAAUGUCUGGUUGUAGAUGAGGUAAUUGUGAAAGUGGAGGGCGACGCUUCUCUCACAUGGAAUCCAGAUCGUCACCUAGGUGACGGACACUCACAGGGCAGAGAUUUCUUAGAUUACAGGGAAAGCUUAGAGACAAAUCCAAAUGUUGCGACCCACUCCCCUGUACACAUUCUCAGGGAUUGCGACCCAGUGUCCACGUCAAUGGGGCCGUCUGAUUCACACACCCACGUCCUUUUCAAUCAGGUAUUGAACGCAAACGACAUGGCUAGAGCCCAGGCUCAGGGAGGGGGAGCCACAUCAGGCAAUAGUAAAGAGAAACGGUUUCUCUGCAUGUUCUGCAACAAAGGCUUCAGCUGCCCCCAGAAGGUGGAGAUCCACCAGAGGGUCCACACAGGGGAGAAACCUUUCAGCUGUACCCAAUGUCACAUGCGCUUCGCUGAGGCUGGCAGCCUGAAGAGGCACCAGAGGGUCCACACAGGGGAGAAACCCUACAGCUGCCCCCAGUGUGAGAAGAGGUUCUCCCACCAGCACCAUCUGAAGAGGCACUUGAAGGUCCACACGGAAUAGAGGCCGUUCGUCUGUAAGCACUGUCGGAAGAGGUUUUCAGAGGAGCUUCCUCAGGAUUUCACUCUAUAACAUAGAAAGUAACCAUUCCAUUCAAUGGCUUCUGAAGUUUAGAUCAAACCCUGCCCUAAAGAUAGACUCAGCGAGAUGACGUAGAUCAAUUUCCACAACAUCAAAGAGCAUUUUGGGAUAAAUGCGCCUAAAAAGUCUUAACAUAAUUUAGCCUACACUAAAGACACUCUUGUUCACAAAUUUCAUUACUUCCAUUCAACAACUUUUAUUAUUUAUUUUCUGACCACUUUUUCUCCCCAAUUUCCUGGUCUUGUCCCAUUGCUGCAACUCCUGUACGGACGAGGUCGAGUCACAUGCGUUCUCCGAAACACAACCCAGCCGAGC